CUGCCAUUCACUUCUGCUGCUGUUCUCGGGACUUAUUCCUUCCCCUGGCCCCUCCCCGGCCCAUUCUUCGAUAUGAAAAUCAUCCACGGUGUCACCGAGCACCCACGACAUGCCAAAAUGGUGCACGACACGGAGUUUAUCCUGAUCUCCGGUCUCCGCCCGCGUCCCUGUCCCGAGGCCUGGCCCUGGGCUACUUGAACUUGAAAACGCCUCCCGCCACGCAAGCCCUCAGGGGUACUGCGCUCUCCUGACGACUUUUUACGGACUGGCAACGCUCACGAUGCUCCUCAAAGCCCUUCUACGCCCGACGGAAUUCUAUUCCAGUCUCGGUCCCACCGUCAAUGAACUCACCUUUGGCCUGCUCGGCUAUUCCUUCAAGCCGGAGCGCGACAUCGAGGAUCUGUCGGGGAAGGUAAUCUUGGUCACCGGGGGCAACACCGGUCUCGGGAAGGAAACGAUCCUUCAACUCGCCCGACACAAUCCAGCCCGGAUCUAUCUGGCCGCACGGAGCGCAACGAAGGCCCAGGAUGCCAUCACCUCGAUCCGGGAGCAGUUUCCGUCCGUUGAUCUCAGGCACAUCCCCCUGGACCUAUCGUCGUUCCAGUCCAUCCGUGCUGCUGCUGAGAAGUUCACCGCGGACUCUGAUCGCCUCGAUAUCUUGAUUCUCAAUGCGGGCAUCAUGAACACCCCGGCCGCCGUGACAGAGGAGGGCUUCGAGAUACAGUUCGGAACAAACCAUAUCGGGCAUUUCCUGCUCACGAAACUGCUGCUGCCUACGCUGCAGAAGACCGUCGCCUCGAGCCCUGCGUCGGAUGUCCGAGUCGUGACAUUGUCUUCAGUCGCACACAUUGGCGCGCCUUCCUUCGAGGCCAUGACGUCUACUUCAGCCCUCUUGGCGAAUCGCACGUUCACGCGGUACAGCGCCUCCAAGGCGGCGAAUAUCCUCUUUGCGUCCGAGCUGGCGCGCCGGCACCCGGAGAUCCUUUCUGUCUCGGUCCAUCCCGGCUCCGUGGUGAGUGACUUGUGGAACUAUACCUCCAAUAUGAGCACCAUGAGCAAAUACAGCACCGGAGUCAUCAUGCAGUUCAGUCGCAGCAUCCGCACCGGGGCAAUGAACCAGCUGUGGGCGGCGGGAGUGAACCGGGGGCUUCUGACCAACGGCGCUUACUAUGUUCCCAUUGGAGUGCAUGCUGCCGAUAAUCCGUUGGCCAAGAAUGCCGGUAUGGCCAAGCGGCUUUGGGAGUGGACUGAGCAACAGAUUGCUGAGAAAUCUUGA